GUCCCUCCCCCUCCUCCGCGCCGGGGAGCCGCGAUGGUGCGCUCCGGCCAGCUGUGCGCCGCCGAGUGAGGCGCCAGCCCGUGGGUGCUGCCGGGGGCGGCGGCGCGGAGGUGGGGCACAGCUGGGGGCGGCGCGGGCCUCGGUGCUCUGCUCGUGGCCGGGGGCGAAGGUGACGACCGCUCGCGAGGUGCUGGUGCUGUUGAGCAGCUCCGGGCCCGAUUCCCUGGUCCCGGUGCUUGGCGGCCCUGCUAUCGACCCUAGGUCGGCGCAGGCAGGAGCCUGGGGAGAAAUUGGCGGUGGCGCGACUGCCGGCGACGGCCGGCUGGAUGCAAGACCUGCGUGGACCGGGCGGUGGACAGCGGUUGUCGACUCCAAGGAGUGGAUCGCCCAGCAGAGGAGCCCGACCGCGCUGGCCAUGGCCUCCAACUUUAACGACAUAGUCAAGCAGGGCUACGUGAAAAUCCGCAGCAGGAAGCUAGGGGAGGAAGAUUCUCUGAUGAAGGCUGAGCAAGGCACUGAUUUAUGGAUUUUCAGACGAUGCUGGUUGGUUUUUAAGAAGGCUUCUAGCAAGGGACCUAGAAGGCUAGAAAAAUUUCCAGAUGAAAAGGCAGCUUAUUUCAGAAACUUUCACAAGGUAACUGAACUGCACAACAUCAAAAAUAUAACCAGACUGCCUCGAGAGACAAAGAAGCAUGCAGUGGCAAUUAUCUUUCAUGACGAAACGUCAAAGACAUUUGCUUGUGAGUCAGAACUGGAGGCUGAGGAGUGGUGCAAACACCUUUGUAUGGAAUGCCUGGGGACAAGGCUGAAUGACAUCAGCCUAGGGGAGCCUGACCUACUGGCAGCUGGGGUGCAGCGGGAACAGAAUGAACGAUUCAAUGUCUAUCUUAUGCCUACACCCAACCUGGAUAUUUAUGGUGAAUGCACAAUGCAGAUCACCCAUGAGAAUAUCUAUCUCUGGGAUAUCCACAAUGCCAAGGUCAAGUUGGUGAUGUGGCCUCUUAGCUCACUAAGAAGAUAUGGUCGGGAUUCAACGUGGUUCACCUUUGAGUCAGGAAGAAUGUGUGACACGGGAGAAGGACUAUUCACUUUUCAAACAAGGGAAGGAGAAAUGAUCUAUCAGAAGGUCCACUCUGCAACACUGGCCAUAGCUGAGCAACAUGAAAGAUUAAUGCUAGAAAUGGAGCAGAAGGCCCGGCUUCAGACGAGCUUGACUGAACCAAUGACGUUAUCGAAAUCCAUCUCUCUUCCACGUAGUGCAUACUGGCAUCACAUUACGCGUCAGAACAGCGUUGGAGAAAUCUACAGCUUGCAAGGUCAUGGGUUUGGCUCAUCAAAGAUGUCCAGGGCACAGACAUUUCCCAGUUAUGCUCCAGAACAGAGCGAAGAGGCUCAGCCACCAUUGUCACGGUCCAGCAGCUAUGGAUUCAGCUAUAGCUCCAGCCUCAUUCAAUGACACACAGAGGCCAUCAGUGACCAGCAAAACAGUCUGCCCUGGACCUGCCAUGGGGUCAUUUCGCCCCGUGCCUCCUGGAAGAUCAAUUGCAGUACAAAUUAACAUUGGUAGGGCCUAGUCCCAACUGGAAGGUUAAAAACUGGAGUUCUGCUUCCUUGAUUCAGUGGUUAAGUCCUUUAUUUAUUGAAUUUCUAUGGGGGAAAUCUAUGUUUUACAAAAAAAAAAAAAAAGAAUCCAAUAAUAUGAACACUCAUUUAAGUAAGAAAAAUUCUUUGUGUCUGACAGUAACAGAAGCCUUGGCACUGGGAAAUUUGCCGACUCUAGAUUGCGUCUGGGUGGGAGUCACUGACAUUUGUCCUUAAUGCUGUGUGCUCCUGUUUGGACACAGGGCCUAUCUUUAAACAUAAUGAUGACCCACUAUAAGCUCUGUGGCUUUGUCAGUUUUGACAGAAACAAAUCAAGUAAGCUCUACACAUGGCAUCUUAACUCUCCAUGUAAAGAAGCUCGGUGACAAUUAAGGGGAUAUGAAAUUAGAAUAUUCCAUUAAGAAGGGCCCUGUAGCUCGAGUGUGAGUGUGUGUGUGUGUGUGUGUGUGUGUGUGUGUGUGUGUGUGUGUGUGUAAGAUAUUGCUAUAUCCAUCUACAGAUUAGGAUAUAUCAAAUGUUCUGAGAGUGACAGGAUAUGCUCACUUAAAUUAUUGGAAACUAAUUUGUUGUGUUAAAAUUUUGUUGACUAGAUACUUUUAAAAUAGUGCUGUUAGAAAAUGAAAAUGGCUCCCUACUAGCAACUGUAUCACACUAGCCCACUCUGAUCCUAUGAGGGUUAUGAGCAGAAACCCAAGAGCGAAGCCUUUUGGCAAUAAGGUUACCAGCCCAGCUGCCCUGCAUGUUCGUUGUGCUGUCUUUCUGGUUGGUGUUGCCCUGUCAUUGACUGUUUCUCUCCAUGGCUAUCCAUCUGAGCUACUUGAGAAAUUGCUGUAAUCUCCAACUCCAGAGAGAGACGCCAAAAUGUUUGAGAAAGACACAAAGCUACACUUAAAGUGAACUCAGCUAUCUUACAGCUAAGAGAAGAACAAAUGAUACCCAAAAGUAGAUGUUAGUGUUUUAAAUUGCACAGAUGAAUUCUUUCAAGAGUCAUUAGGGGGUUGGCAUUUGCUAUGGAAUCAGAAUUCGCUUGGCUUGAAUUUUUUGUACUGAACUUGAUUGGGAUGACAAGAGAGUGUUUCACUUGAAAUUUUUUCAGCUCUAGAAUAUGACAAAUUUCUCAGUUUGAAGGGAAAUGGGAAAUUCUACUUGAAGAGGAAAAGUUUGGCUAAUUCAGGUCAACAUAGACAUGUUUGCCCAUAAUUUAGGGAGUGAAAAUAUAAAUUACUCUGCUUGACCCACCUGGUGUCAUGUGCCUAAACUAGAUUAUCUGUCAAGGAAUCCAGAUCAGAUUUCAAGAACCAAGGUCAAACAAGAGGAAAAUCUGAUUUUUUCCUUGAUAGCAAAAUGUUCUAUGUUCAUUUAGGAGCUAUGUUCUACUAAAAGGGUAGCCUUUCACUGAUCCCCAUUAAGAUUUCACUCAUCCCUUAUCCAUAGCUUGUGAGCAGAUUGACAACUUCUUUCAGUGAAUGACUACAGAGGAAAAGUGGUUAUGCAUCCCUCCUUGAUAAAUGUGCACUUACUGUAACUACCUACUCUCCCCAAAUCACUCAGAUAGGUAUGAAAAUCUCAUAAAGAUACUAAUCAUAAGUGUUAAUGUGGCUGUGAAAAAUAAUUAUCAUAAGCCUUCAGGGAUAAAAAGAAAAUUACCCAAACUAUGCCCUGUUGAUUUUGCUGACAUAGCAGAAGAGCAAAAUACUGGGUCCUUCUGAGGAGAGAGAAUGCAGUCUUCCCUGGAAUCCCACUUUUCAGGGUUAAUGCCUCUGAGUUUCUUUAACACAUGGCAUCUGCUGUAGAAAUGCCAUUAGUAAAUACAUCAGAGCAACUCUGAGCUGAGACUGUUCUAGCACAGUUCCUAGUGUGGCCAUCAGAGCAAGCGUCUCCCUGGCUCACUGAGUCGAGCUGUUGCUUGGAGACCACGAGUUUCUACAAGGGACUUAUGGGGAAAGGCCCUGAGGGGUCUUGAUUCACAUCUCAGCUUUAUCAAUGUGCCAGGAGCACAGAUAGCAAGUCCGGUGGGAUUCUGCUAAUUACGAGUCUGCUCUUGUGUCUCUUUGGUGGGCAACAAGUACCCACAUAAAGUAACUUCAAAAUUUGGUUCUGAUCAUUAACAAUGAGUAUCACUGAGAAGGAACGUAAAACCAUGCAUAAGUUUAGGCCAAUUUUUUUCUGAAAAUAAAGUCACAAAAAGUGUGAGAGAUGUAUCUCCUUAGUCUUUAACCCAAUCUCACCAUAGUGAGAAUAAUAUUGUAAAAAUAUUUCAUGAUACAUUUUUAGGAGCUUUAUUCUAGCAUACUCCUCUGAGUAUAUUUAAAAAUUUUAGCUAAGUUGAAACUGCUAAGAAAGCAGCAAGAGAAUUUAUAGUAGCCUAAUAUUCUUAACAUGAGGCAGUGUUAAUUGUAAUAAAAGAGACAAACAGAUGAACCUAUAAAAACCAAAGAUGGAAAGGUAUUUGCAACUGUCUCCUGGAGCCUCAUAAAACCAUUCCACCAUAAUUACUAGAAUGGCUGUGGGCAUGUGUUAGCCCACCCAAGCCUGUAGGUUCUUGACUGAAAAUGCCUCUACACUUUGCAAUUGUUCUCACUUCAGAAAUUGUAUUAUACCUUAAAUAUACAUGUGACUUUCUCAUCGUGAGAUAGAACCUGCUGCGCACCAAAGACAUCUUUUGGCCCCUUCUGAGUAUGACUCAGUUGGGCUUCCACUCAGAUUUAUACAGAGUGGUAAGAUGGUUACCAUAUCUCUAUCAGUUGUUAGACACCAGUGAUGAAGAAGGCUGACAUGCAUGAGAAAGUCUCUUCAAGAAGUAAACCAAGCCUGAAGGUAUACACAUUUCACAUAAAUAUUUUUUUAGGAGGGUUGGUUUUUCUACCCUAGUGUUUUUCUUCUAUUAUAAGUAUGACUUGUAACACAUACCAAUAUAUUAAAUACGCAGAAAAGCAUAAAUGACCUUGGUCCACUGUUUUACUAUUCUGUUGGGUGGGGGUUGAUACAAAAACAUACCUUUCAUUAAGUGAUUGAACAAAAAAUAGGCACUCAGAUAAUUUUCUUAGACAAGUUGGAAAUAGUUUUGAAUCAAUAGAGUUGGCCACUGCCAUAAUUUGAAUUUAAUAAAAUAAAAAACACAUAUCUAGAGUGAGCCUUUUGCUGGUUCAGAAUCACGCCAUUGUUUCAUAUAUUAGGGAAGUUGCUGUUUGAUAGAGCAUGUGAAAUGAAGAGAAGCAUAUUUAUUAGAACCAAACCUUUCCUUGUUCUAGUAUCUAGACUACUAGUUCCAGUGUGCAGUUCUUCCGACUUCACUGGGAAACUUUGUUUGAAAAUCACUCAUCUUCUUUAUAAAAUGACCAGCUAUUCAUAUCUCUCAUCUAACAUACAAGCAGUGGGGUAAUCAGUAUUUUCACACUGUUAGCUGUAGACUUUACAAUCCAAUUUAUUGCAUGUGGUAUCCUUAAAAUGGAUAUUAAAAAUACAUCACAAAGACUGACAUUUAACCCUCAUUCUUUGGUCAAGGUCUCACAAAACUUUGUUUUGAAGAAAGCAUGAGUAAUUUACUUCUUUGAUUACUGGAACCACUUACAAAAUAACCAUUAAUGCUACAGUGAAAACAAGCUAAGGAAAUUACAUUAUUAUAAAAACUUGUAGUCCAGUCUUGACUAUUCUAAUACACCACUAUAAAUGGGCAAUAUACAUUCAGAGGUCCUGAUGUUUAGGCCUUUAAUUCUUCAUGUUUCACUAAGUACAAAUAUAAUGUUAAUGACUGCUUCAGAUCUAUUUACAUGUCUACCAAAAUAGUGCAAUGACAACUUGCUUUUACAAUUAUUAGUUAUACAAUCUUUGGACUACCAGUGCCUCAAAAAUAGACCCAAAAAAGUAUCAUUUGAGUAUGUACUCAUAGUUUUAAAGUAAGUGAUAUGCUACAUAAAUUAAUGUCAAGCCUAGGAAAUUUAUGGGUAUUCAUAGUUUAUGAAAUUUAUGGAAAUUACCAAUAGAAGAAAUAGAGUCAAAGAGAAAUUAUCAGUCAGUAGGACAAUUUGAACAAAAUGAUAAAGAAUUCAUUGGUACAAACAGCAAAACACUUGGACCCUACUUUUCCAAGAUUCUGAUCCCGUUCUCUGUGGCAGAUUCUGCCUUCUUCACUGAUAUUCAGCUAGUAAUUUGUUCAAGUUAAAACUAUUCAGUCAUAUUAUAUAUUGACAUAAGCAUAGAACACACAUUACCAACAAAUGUGCUGCUUUCAGUUUGUGAAAAAAAAAUUAACACAAAAGAAGGUAUGUAUGCUGCAGUUUUAGUAUGUAGGAAUUGCUUUCUGUAGGCAGUCUCCUUGGAAUUUCACCAUAAAGUCAUGUUGUCAAUGAGAAUGGUUAGUUGCUCAGUAUGUGAAGAGAAACAGAUAUCCCCAUAUCUACAUAUUUUGUAAAUGGAUUAGAAAGAUCCAUUUUGUGUGUGGAUCUACCACAAGUCCAUAAUUUCUUACUCAAGAAUGUGAACCUCGAAACAUUUCUACAGUUAUUCUCAGAGAAGAAGGUUUAAAUAGUUUAACAAGUUUUGUGCAAAAAAUCUUGAGAAUCCAGGCACAUUUUUUGAAAUAGGCUUAAACCCUAGCAGCAAUUUAAAGGUCGUACAGAGUGAAGGGUUCAUUUCAUGUUACCCUGGAAGAAAACUGAAAUGUGUGGGUGUUGUAAUUUGUUCAGAGACAAUAAACAGCUGGGUAUGCUUUCCUCCUGUUUCAGACCCCAUGAAUGUUCCCUAGUUGCACCUGUCUCUCAGCAGAAUGUGGUGGGAACUGGGGAAUAGCACGUGGUCUCAGAAUACUUAAGCCCUUGUACCUUGAAAUGCUUGCCUUUCCUUUUUUACGUGUUUUUCUUCCUCUUGGACUCAUCACCAAUGAUACCCAGAAAACUUUUUAGCCAACUCACUCCAUUGAUUUCUAUACACCUGUUCAUUUACAGAUUGUCAUCCAAUACUUUAUUACCUCAAACAAUACGCAAACUCAAAGUUAAGGAGAUUUUUGUUGUUGUUGUUUGCUUGCUUGCUUUUUGUCAUUGUUGUUUUUCUCCACUAACUACUCUAUGGUAACUGUCAGUAUUAGUUUGGGGGUCUUCAUCCCUCCACAUGACAUUAUGGUUCCAUGGUCAAUGUUUGUCACAGUUGGAUUAGAUAGCUGACAACAUUAGGGCCACAUUCUUUCAUGGAAACCUCACAGUUUCCUUUCUCAAAAAAAAAUUAAGAGAAUAGAUUUUUUUUUUUAUAUUUAAAUGCCAUAUCCAUCAAGUUUUUUCUUAUGAACUUAAGUAGGCAAUUAUUUAAAUUAUUUGAAAUUUAGAUGAAUAAGAAAAAUUUAAAAAUCACCUUUACUUGCAUUUUCAGAGACUUUUCCCAAGGUUAAUGUAGUAUGAUCUUGUAAAUAUUUGUAAAGGAAAAAUUCACUUGUAAAAGAAAUAUCCCCUGUAAUAAUUUCAUAUACACAAUAAGUUUUAAUUUUAAAUUAUUUAAUUUUCUCUGACAACAUCACUAAUCUGAAGUCAGAAAAAUAAUUUAUUUAGAAAAUGUUACCACUUUUCUGAACCAAUUUUAGUAGCUAAUACAAAUAACUUAAAAGUGUAUCACUCUCAGGAUAGUUUUAGACUGAGCACAUAAAAUCAACCCUCUCUGUAGACAGAACUGUGUAUCCGUGGAGUAAUCUACCAAGUUGGUCAGGAGUGGUAGAGUGCUUGAAACUCAAUCACUGAAGUCACUCAAGGUAUAGAUAGUUUCAAAACAAUCAAGUAUUUGAAUUUUAUAACCACAAAUUCCAAGGAAAAAAGAUGAUUUAAUUUUAAGCCACUGCAUGAUCUCUCUCAAAAGAAUCAUCCCAAGUGGCUCAUACUUACUGGCAAUAUGGCACACUAACAGAUGAUGGCCAAGUACAGAAGACAGUGAUACUACCACCUUCAUGUCACACAUAAACCAGAACCGAACAUGAUUAUUAUGAACUAGAAUCCAGACCCAUGAAUCUAUUGUGUAGUUCAAGAAACAAUGCUUGAUAUGGACAAAAAGUAUAUAUAUAGAGAGGUGUAUUAAUGUCUAGAUGAGGGGGUGGAGCUCUACACUGGAGAUGAGCUGUACAACAUAGUUUGCUUUUCUCCAUUUCUUAGACACUGUAAGAGGCAGUACAUGAUCCACACCAGCAAAUCCGUCUGCUGAAGGCCAACCAGUGUCAUCUUCACUGCAGGUGACAAGAGACAAUGGCUCCCUUGUCCAUUCCCAUGGGCCCCAACCAACACACACACUCACAUCCACAGAUACACUCUUCACCUUUGACUUUUGACUCACUCUAUCUGUUUUCAGUGAAGUUGGCACUUGUCUUUUUAAAAUAUCAUUUGUUGUAAAAUAGUUAUCCCAGUGAUCUCAAAAAUAUACUAAAUUAUACAUUAUAUGUCUGCUUCCUGUAAAUCUUUAUUUAACUAAUUUAUAUAUACUUUCUGAAGUCUUCUACUGUGCAUUUAUUGUUAUAAAGGGAUAGCAUUUGUUGUUGAUCCAAUAUAAUGAUUAUGAUAAUUUUGAUAAAAUUAACAAGACAUUUAUCCAUGACUAAGAAAUAAAACACCCACUACAAAUUUGCUUCACUUGGAAAACAUGACCUACUACAUCUUAUUCUUAGUCACAAUCUAUUCCAAAUAAAUAGUCUAGGUAUAUCUGGACUUAAAUACUAGUUGAAACUCAACUUUUCAAUGAAAUGUAAAGUAAAACACUGUACAUGGAAAGUAAAUAUGAAUUUCUGACUGAGCAUAAAAUAUUAUAAUAAGGCAAUAAUAAUAUUAAGAAAUUCAGUUUUUUAAUUAGUGUUUGUGACUUUUGCCCUUCAGCAAAAAUACAUAGUUGAAGAAUUUGCUUCUCCUAAAUUUAUCAUUUUGUACAUAUUUCAAUCCUUAAGAGAUUAUUGAGUUCUUAUAAUUCCUAGAAUUUCAAAGUGGCAUUGCUUCAAAGAGGGUAACAUAGUUGUACAACAUUAAAAUUUGCUUCAUCACUUUAAAAUGGGUAAAACAUCUGAAAUAUUAUUCUUCACCACAACUCUGCAUGAAUGAAAUUUUGAAUUAAUGCAAUGGCUUUAUCCAUAAUAUUUGACUUUUCUAGCACUGUAAUGGUGAUCUCCUUUUAUUUUUGUCAUGUGAUGAAUGUAACUUUGUAAUUAACCAGAAUUCUGACAAUCAUAUCUUGCUAACCUCUAAAAUGUUAACUGCUUUCAUCACUUAUGAGCUUGUGAUUUUCAAAAUAAAGUGAAAGAGAGCCCUUUAUUAAUUGUAAGGUUACUGAGAAUUUAUUAUAUAUUUCCAGUAUUUUCCUAACCUUAUAUUACAAUAGAGUUAGAAUUCUAUUGGGUUGAAUAUGCUUUGAAGAAAUCGUGGAACAUUAGUAUUAAUGAUAUCAUUACAAUCAACACAUUUAUUGUCUGUUUUCGAGUGAAAAGACACCCAGAAAGCAUAAGUGACUUACACAAAUGUGAUGUAAUUAGAUUUUGGGUUUUCUUCUAUCUUUCUGCUCACUCAUUAAGGGUAAUGAAAAUUAAUUAAAAUGAAUAUUUGGCAGCAAGAUUGGACAUCAAAAUUGAAAUUCACAUGAUGCUAACUGUCCUGCAGAGAUGUGAUCCAUGAUUUCCUUUUUAAAUUUUCUUCUCAUGGUACAGCAGUCUUUGUCACUUGAAUGUCACUCUAUCAAGAUAGACAUUUGCUGAGCCUAUUUCUCAAACUUGAACUGAGCCUUUCUGGUUAGUUGCUUAAUGAUAUUUCCCCUUCUAAAGAAUGCAUGCCCCUAAAGAAAAUCUAAAGUUUCUCAAUCCUGGAGAAACCAAUUUAGAUUGUAGAUCCUGAUCACACAGUCAAGUAGUGUUAAGUUCCCUUGAUUGGGAAGUAUAGCCACAUAAACUUGUAAAAAUAAAAAUAAAAAAAACAAUAAAAAAUGUCUAGGGCCCUUUGAUGCUACACAGUUUGGAAAAAUGCUUAAGAGUGGAAUGAAAAUGAAAAUACCCAUUCUUUCUAAAUAGUGAAUAAAAUACAAUUUAUUCUGAAUACCAAUUUUUGUGCCAUUUUCAUAGGAAAUUAAUGAUGUGAAUUUGAUGGGGUUUCUUUCCCUUUUGUCACAAUUAAGAUCAUGGGGACUAUUUAUUUUUUCUGGGGAAAGUAUCUUUAUGAAGAAUGUAAUGGUUUAUAUAAGCUUAGAGCUGACAUCAAAGACAAUAUUUAAUGAAUACAUGCCACAGGGCACAGCCCUGAAGCAAUUCCUCUGCUAUUUUUGUAACAUACAAACAAACCAGCUUUGUCUGUUUCCAAGUUACUCAAAAAAAUAUGUUAGAUAAAUUGAUCUAAUUUUGGUAUCCAUAUGGUGACUUAUUAAAAUAAAUGUUUGAGCAAGAACUGGCUAGAAUAUCUAACAUUCAUGAAAAUGUGAAUUGUCCUAUUAUUUAGGCAUUUUAGAAUAUCCGGCUACUGAUUUAUGCUGAGUAUGAUCUCAAAGUCCAGUCAAUCACUAAAUGCUUACUGAGUUCUUGCUACCUCCAAAAUACAAAUAAAGGACAUGCAAUAUCUUCUGA